CUAUUUUCCUUCGCCAGGGCGGCGCCAGAGUUAAACCAGUACAUGGUAAUGGAAAACACGUCGAUUCUUUGAAAUAAUGGCCAUUUAAUAAUAGUUUAUGGCGUGGUAAUAAUGGAAGAUAUUGCAAGGGACGUGUCUUCUUUGGUGCCCGAGGAAGAAGAAGGAAACUCCACGCAUAAUGGUAACAUUUGGUGUCUGAAGCGAGUUGGGAAAGACAGCGGCUGGCUUCGACUCUACGAAAACACUGAGGUGACUAUUGGACGUGGCCUGAAUGUCACUCAUCAGAUCUUGUCAGUGAGUUGUCCACUGAUGAUCUCCAGAAAUCACUGCAUGUUUAAGCAGAUAGAACAUGGCCAGUGGACUGUGACUGACAAUGAGAGCCUGAAUGGAGUGUGGGUGAACGGUACUCGGAUAUCCCCUGGGAAACCUCACACUCUGCAGCAGGGGGAUGUUGUGCGAUUCGGCGUUCCGUUGGACGGAAUCCCAGUUGAGUUUGAAUAUGUUCUUCUUCAGUCCAGUCUUGACAAAGUCAAGGAUUUCUUAACAAAACCAGCUGGAGCAGAAGCCAAAGCUUUGACAUCCAGACCAAAAAGGUCGAAGCGAAAAUUUGCAGCGUUACCAGAUCAGGCUGGGCCUAGUGAACCAUCUGGGCGCUUGAGUCAGUGUAGUGACAGCAGCCAGCAUCUGACUACCUUAAAACGCUACAAUGAGAACCUGAAAGCGUUGAAGGAGCGCAUGGGGGCCACACAGAAGCGAGCAGCUGAGUUGGAGAAACAGGGAGGUUCAAGUCUAGAGGAAAUGGAAGCUCUGCAGGAGCAGAUGAAGCUGCUACAAGGCGAGUUAAAUUCACAGCAGGAACUGGCACGGCGGCGAUUGGAGAUCCUGGAGAGGUCCGUGUGCGAGGAGGAGAGACGAUCGGGGAUGGAGAGAAACCGGCAGAAAGAAGACGGCCUGAAAAGACAGCUGGAGGAGGCUUUAAAUGAGCAUCGCAAAGUUAUAGAAGAGCUCAAGCAUGAAAGGGAGGGAUUUCAAGAGGUGCUUCAGGCCAAAGACAAAGAGCUGGAAGUUACCAAGGAGGAGAAGGAGCGGGCGAGGGCUCAGAAGGAAGAGGUAGUCACACAGAUGACCGAAGUGUUAGAGAAUGAACUGCAGUGCAUCAUUUGCUCUGAGCUCUUUAUUGAGGCAGUGACUCUGAGCUGCGCUCACAGUUUCUGUAAGCAUUGUAUCGCAGACUGGAGACGGAGAGAUGAGUGUCCCAUCUGCAGGCAGUCCAUUGUGUCGCAGGCUCGCUCUCUGGUUCUCGACAACUGCAUCGAUCGUAUGGUGGAAAAUCUGAGCACUGUGAUGAGGGAGAGGAGAACAGCACUCGUACGCCAGAGGAAAGGUCUGCAUAAUGCACCUUCUGCUGGACUGGUAGUGAUCCAGGAUGAUUGUGACAGUGAUCCAUCAAUUCAACCAUCCAACGCAGAAAAGGCAACCUGCUAAAGCCUUGUGUGACUCACUAGUCAAUGUGUAUAAACAAUAAUAUGAAUGUGAAAUGUACAGCUAUAAACCUGUUGUCAUAUUUGUUAGUAUUUCUUUGUGUCUUAUCAAUAAAGCAGCUAAUUUGAAUUAUUA